GUUUCUUUCGAUUCGUAGUAGUAAAUCAUGCUUAAAUUGAAGAAAAAAUUUAAAAACAAGUUCAAAUCUUCGAAAAUUGAAAAUCACCCAAAUGAUUUCAGUGCCGUUGAGUAUUGUUUCAGUCCGGAUCCAUCACCGGCUCCGCCACCGAGUGCUUCAGGAAAAUCCGACAUUUCAAACAGUGACAGCAAUGUGAAUUCACUUGGACCGGGACCAACACCCGUAACAUUCGAAGAAACCGAAGGCAGCUCCAUUAGCGUUCUGGAUUCAUCACCAACGAAUUAUAACUGUUGCUACAAUUAUAACUUCAGUUUCAACUACAAUUUUUCUCCGCCAGCUCAUGGAUGCACAGGCGAUCAUUUGCCUCCGAAUGGGCGUGAUGAAGAAAUAUGUGAAGAGUUGAGUAAGUUUGACAGCGAUAACAAUUUUGUUUCCGAGAGUUCGAAUCAACCGACUAAAAAAAGUCGAACUGGAAGGAAGAUUAGGCCAAUUUCCACUGAUAAGAGCAAAAGAAGUACCUCCAGUAUGUCGUCUAAAGCUACGCCAGGAAAUGCAAGGUUAAUUGGAGCCAGUGGCAUUAGGGCGCCUCGUUGCCUAUCGACAAGUGAUCUUUCCACUUACAAAGGCAGUGUGUUCAGUGAGACAAGUCAAGAUUAUCAAAACAUUUGUAGUCGAUUGAACUCAGUGAGAGUUUCCGAAAUACUAGACCAAAAGGGAGCAAACUUAACAGAUCACGAUCGAAGGAUUCUGCACUGUAUGGUCCUUAAGCGAAUCAAAGAGAUUGAACGACUUGAGGAAUCGGUUUUAGCGAAACAGUGCUGGGAACAGGAGAAACUUUACAGAAAAUCACUUCUCGAUGAACAAGAGCGUAACUACAAAAGAGCGAUACGUCAAAAAAGAAACAUUGAACAGAUUGAGAUUCGCAACCGCAAGCAACGAUUGGAACGUCUUGAGAAACAACAAAUUGAGAAGAUCCAGAAUGAAAUAACUGAAAAAGAUAUUCGCUCUAAUAGUUUGCUUAAAACAUUGGAAAUACAGAAGGGCAUUAAGGAGUGUGAAAAGAAAACCCGGGAAUUGAAACGUAUGGAGGAUACUACGAUCAAUCAGGAAGAAAAAGUACUGGACAAGGACAUUUGGCGCCAGUCGCUGGUUGAUCAUUUAGAGGAACGUGUGCAAAGAGCAGAUGAGAUGCGUCAUCGGGUUCUUGAGGUCUAUCAGCGUCGUCUCAAAAUCGACAACCAGCUGGAGAGGAAAAUACAUUCAAACAAUUUAAAACAAACACUGGAGCAGGAGCGUUACAAAUUAAUGAAACUGAAAGAACGCAUUUUGUUGAGAGAAAGUCGCUUCCAACGGUUCAAAGAUAGCAAAAAUCGCAUUUUCGACCAUCUGAAGAAUCGUGCGAAAACGACCGCUGCCCUAAGAGACAUGGUAAAGCACUCAAUCAGCCCAGACACCUGUCCGAAAACUAUAUCAGGAAAUCAACGACCGGUUAGUGUUUUGCGAGUAAAAUAAGUCUGCAAUAUAGUUAUCGUCAAUUCAGUACACCUAUAGCAUGAAACAAUUUGCAUGUGUC